AUGUCCACCACAGCCACGGCCACCACCACCAUCUCACCCUCCCAGCUGCCCCAGACCUACCCCAACGCCCUGCACCUCCUCUCCCUCCUCCCCACCAACCGCGAGGUGACGGACCUCUUCGCCGGCGCGGAGGGCGGAGGACCCGGCAAGGACAAGGACGACCUCAACGCCCGCGCCAUCCCCGAGGUCGUCGCGUGGCUGGCGCGCGCGGGCUACGAGCCGGCGGACCUGGCGCGGCGCGGCGUGCGCUGCGUGCACGUCGCGGGCACCAAGGGGAAAGGGUCGGCGUGCGCGUUCCUGACGGCCGCGCUGCUCGCGCACGGGGACGCGGCGGGCCGGGUCGGCACGUACACGUCGCCGCACGUCGUGUCGGUGCGGGAGCGCAUCCUGCUCGACGGGCGGCCCGUGGGCCGGGACGUCUUUGCGCGGGCCGUCUUCGAGGUCUGGCGGCGGCUCACGCGGGCGGCGGAGGAGGCGGCGGGCGGCGCAGGGGCGGUACCGCCUGAGGGCGGGUACGACGGGCCCGGGACCAAGCCCUUCUACUUCCGGUUCCUGACGCUCGUGGCCUUCCACGUCUUCGCGCAGGAGGGCGUGCGGUCCGCGGUCGUCGAGUGCGGCAUCGGCGGCGAGUACGACCCCACGAGCGCCGUCCUGCCGGCCGAGGCCGUCACGGCGAGCGUCGUGACGCGGCUGGGCGUCGACCACGUCGCCAUGCUCGGCGGCACGGUCGAGGAGAUCGCGUGGCACAAGGCGGGCGUGUUCCGGCGCGGGCGGGCGGCCUUCACGGUCGGGCUGCCGGGGCAGGAGCAGGAGCGCGCGCUCGCGGUCCUCCGGGCCCGGGCCGAGGACAAGGGCGCGCGGCUGCGGGUGCUCGACGGCGCCGAGGUGGAGAGGUGGGCUGGGGUCGGGGAGGGCGCGAGGCUGCGGGGCGGGUUCCAGAAGUACAACAUGGCCGUCGCGGCGGCGGCGGCGAUGGAGCACCUGCGCGUGCUGAAGGGCGAGGAGGAGGAGGAUGGCGACGACGACGACAUGGGCGAGGCCUUCUUCAGCCUGGACGACAUACCGCCCAGCUUCAAGGAGGCCAUGAGGGGCGCCACCCUGCGCGGCCGGUGCGAGACGAUCCGCGAGGAGGGCGGCGGCGGCAUGGAGUGGCUGCUCGACGGGGCGCACACGGCCGACAGCCUGGCCGAGGUGUCGCGCCUGUUCCUGGCGGCAAGGCCACGGACCGACGGUGCCCUGCGGAUCCUCAUAUUCAACCAGCAGGAGCGGGACGUCGCCGCCCUGCUCCGGAGCAUGCUCGCCAGCAGCGACGACGGCGACGGCGACGGCGAGGGCGCGGCAACAACAACAACAACAACAGCAGCUGCUGCGGCGUUCGACCUCGCCAUCUUCACCCGCAACGACGCGGCCCCGACGCCGGCGGGCGAGCCCCCGCGCGAGACGAGCGUGCAGCAGGCGGCGCGGGAGGUCUUCCACGGGCUCUGCCCGGGCGCCGCGACCGCGGUGGCGGACAACGUCGCCGAGGCGGUGCGGUUCGCGCGGAGCGCGUGCGAGGAGAAGGGCAAGGGGGGUUACGUGUUGGUCACGGGCAGCUUCAACCUCGUGCGGCCGGCGCUGCAGAUGCUCGAUCCCGACUGUGAGGACUGA